AUGGUUGACUCCGCAGUCGGGCCCAUGUGCUUCGUGAAGCCUGAGCUGCCCCAGUACGGGGCCUACCGUCCCACAUGUCGUCCCACGCCGCGCGCCAACCUGGCCAAGGCUGAGAAGUACUCCAAGGUGUCCUUCGAUUAUGCAAGCUUCGACGUCCAGGUGUUCGGGAAGCGCAUGCUCGCACCAAAGAUGCCCACCAGCGACACCUCACCGCGCGCCUUCAGGGCCAAGCCCUCCGUCCCCAAGUCCCUGUCCCCCAGCCUCUGUCUCCAUGGUUACGGCAAGGGGGCCCCCUACGACUACGCCCACGACGCCGAGGCGGCGCACAUGGCCGCCACCGCCAUCCUCAACCUGUCCACGCGCUGCUGGGAGAAGCCAGAGAACCUCAGCACCAAGCCCGACACCAAGGAGACGGCCAUCGAGGUGGACGAGAACGGCACCCUGGACCUGAGCAUGAAGAAGGCCAUCAAGCGGGAGGGCAGCCUGUCAGGGGCCAGCCCCGGGGUCGGCUCCCCGGGCCCCUCCUCGAGUGCGUCCUCCUCUUCCCCCCAUCCCCACGGCGACGGCAGCGGGAUGACGUCGCCGCACCAUGGCCACGCCUACAAGCAGGAGGAGUGGGAGGGACCUCUGGACUACACCAAGCCCAACCGCCAACGGGAGGAGGACAUGGACGAGAUCGAGCACACCGGUCAGUCAUUUGCGUCGUCCGACCAGGAGGACUGUGACAUGCUGCAAGAGGGUCAUGAGGACAGGAAGUACCCGGGAGAGGUCACCAGCCCAAACUACAAGGUCAAGUUCCCAGCCAAGGACGCCAAGAAAGACUUGCUCUUGUGCCCCACACCUGGCUGCGAUGGCAGUGGUCACAUCACAGGGAACUACGCGUCCCAUCGCAGUCUAUCUGGGUGUCCUCUCGCUGAUAAGAGCCUUCGCUCCCUCAUGGCGGCCCACACUGCUGAGCUCAAAUGUCCAACACCUGGAUGUGAUGGAUCAGGUCAUAUCACCGGAAACUACUCCUCUCAUAGAAGUCUGUCUGGGUGCCCGCGUGCCAAGAAAAGUGGAAUUAAAACAUCUCCUACCAAGGACAACCAGGAGGACUCCGAGCUCUUAAACCGGUGCCCUGUGCCAGGCUGUGACAGCCUGGGCCACAUCAGCGGGAAGUACGCCACGCACCGCAGCGCCUACGGCUGCCCGCUGGCCGCGCGGCGCCAGAAGGAGGGCGUCCUGAACGGGGCCCCCUUCAACUGGAAGGCCUUCAAGACCGAGGGCCCCACCUGCCCCACGCCGGGCUGCGACGGCUCGGGACACGCCAACGGGAGCUUCCUCACCCACCGCAGCCUCUCAGGUUGCCCCAGGGCCUCGUUUGCCAAGAAGAAAGCCAAGUUCUCUCCGGAAGACUACCUUAAUGCCAAGUUCAGACCUGCUGACGUUCUGGACAACGAUGAGGACAUCCAGCAGCUCAACAAGGAGAUCAACGACCUCAACGAGUCCAACACCGAGAUGGAGGCGGACAUGGAGAACCUGCAGACACAGAUCUCUUCCAUGGAGAAGAACCUGAAGAGCAUCGAGCAGGAGAACAAGGUGAUGGAGGAGCAGAACGAGGCCCUCUUCAUGGAGCUGUCGGGGCUCAGCCACGCCCUCAUCCGCAGCCUCACCAACAUACGGCUGCCACACAUGCAGGAGCCAAUCACAGAGCAGAACUUUGAGCGCUACGUCAGCACGCUGACCGACAUGUACACCAACAAGGACUGCUUCCAGAGCCCGGAGAACAAGGCCCUACUGGAGACCAUCAACAAGGCUGUGAAGGGCAUCAAGGUGUGACCGGUCUAGGCUGUGUGUGGAGCACAGAGCUGGGAGGGGGGGGGGGGGGGGGGGGGGGGAGAUGACACCCAAGGAGCAGGACGUCAGGAUGAGAAGGAGGAGGAGGAGGACGUCCAGAGGCCGCUCAUAUAUUAUAACAGGAAUUUAAAAUACUUAAUUUAAAAAAAAAAAACAACGAAGGGCAUUCAGGUUUUCUAACUAAAUGGCAACUUCAAAGUUAACCCAGGGAGCGCUCUGUCUAGCGAAGAUCUCAACGACAAGAAGAGCAACGAGGACCAAAACCCACACCGGUGCUGCUGCUGGGAUUGGAGAAGGAGAGAGGAACCAAAACAUUUGGGUCAGAGUGGAUGAAAUGGGGAAUAACGGUACGAGAUAUUUGGCAGAUUUUAAUUUGCUGUAUGUUGAGCUGUUUUGUGUCCUUAUUGUUUUUUUUGAAUGGAGGUCUUUUGAAGGUGAUUAGUUAAUAAGUCCUCCUGGCCAGGGGACAGGAGAGCUGAUGAGCUGAAGAGUGCUACAGGUAGACCUCUUCUCGCUUUCCUUCUAGAACAUUCAAGGUUUCCCUUUGGGAGUUAAUGAGCUGGAGAGGCUUGAAGGCUCUGCUAUCUAUCAAUGAGCGCACAACUGAGCAAUAUCAAAAGCCAAACGCUGAACUUUAUGUUGUUGCUGUGGCAAGACAUCAACAGUGCAAAGCUGACUGGAAAAGGAGAAGUGACUUCAGGAGGGCUGACAGUGCUCUGCUCUACUGUAACAGUUCAGGUUGGACCCAUUUUAAACAACAACUAGACAUGAUAGAGGUAAUAUUGUUCACAUGUCAACCAGUUAGUCAUAUCAAGAAUAUUUAUCAACAUAGAAAAUGCACUUCAUUUCAAUGACUAGUUUUGUGGUACAAUAAUUAUUGUAAUAUAUUGAUUAUUUAAAUUUGUGAACUUUUAAAUUGUAAUUUAUUGCCAUUUACGUUUUAUCAAUGUUUAUUUAUUUGAAUUAAGCUAUUUAUUAAUGUUGUUUUGUUUAAAAAAAACAAUGCAUCUCUAAUGAUUAAGAUAGUCAAAGUGAUUUCGGAAUAUUUUAAAAUCUAUAUAGAUAACCAACCACACUUAUUUAGUUUUAAAUACUUUUUGAAAGCAUUUUUAAUUGCUAAUAUUUUAUAUCCAACAAAGUUUUGAUAAUUUUCUAAGAAAAAGUUUUCCUUUUUGUUGAUAUCGAUUUUUCCCCAUUUUGCUCAUUAUGUUACUGGUACAUUCUAAACAGCCUGCUGAAAAAGGAAGUAUGUAUUUAUUAUUUAUUUAAUAUGAAACAAUUUGACUGUGAUACGGUAGUACAUCUAUUUUGUUAUUUAUGUGCGUGUUGUGAUGGCUAAGUCUGAGUAUUCUUAAACUUAAAAACAUCCACAGCUAAUAUUUAAAUAAAGAGAAAAAUCAAUACAAAAAGCGUUUGAUUACUUAGGCUUACAUAGACAUACCAGCAGUACCCCUUAGGGGUUUAAAAAAAGAAGCAAAAUAACCAACAAUAGCAAUUGUCGUUCUUUUGGUAUCUGGUUUCUGUGUGUCAGCCAUCUUGUGUUUGCUUUCGUCAGGUGAAAUCAGACCAAUAAAAUAAAGAGAAAAUCAGCAUAAAUCAAAUGUUACCUCUCCCAAGCGCUUUGUAGCAAACCAGCACUGGUUCACCCAAACCUGUCAUGUACCAUAGUAAUGCCUUUUGAUGAAUUAUAUCUGUUUCUGUUUAAUGUUUCUUUUUUUAUUUUAUUUUAAUUAUUUUUCAACCAAAUGGUACAUUUAUUGGGCUAUUUUCCAGCAAUGGGUUUAGGUUGGAUGUAUUGGUCUAAAACACACAGAAACACUGACAUAUCCAACCCUCAAGGACAAGAUGGCCUCCUUUUGACAAAUUUAUAUCGGAUAAGCAUAUACACCUUUGUAGCCUUACUCUAGAUUUUAAUUUUUUGAUGCACGAAGUGCCACUAAUAAACCCUCACUUUCUUUCCUGAUUACUCAUAUUCUGCGAUGUAACGCAGUGUAACGCACUGUUACUCUACAGUGUACCACAGUGUAACGCACUGUUACUCUGCGAUGUAACGCAGUGUAACGCACUGUUGCUCUGCAAUGUACCGCAGUGUCUGGCCAGGGGCCGUGGCAUCAGAGUGAUUGUUUCAGAUGCCUUUAUUUCUCUGCCAAGAUGGCCAUACGUACGCUAUAUAUACAUUCUGUAUAAAUAGACCUUAAAGAUGCUAUAUAUAUGAAUAUAAACAUACCUAUAUUUUUCCAGUGUAAUUGUUGACUUGCUCUUACUUCUUGUAUUCGCUUAUCAGAGGUUCACUAGCUGUCUGAGAGGGAUGCAAGAAUGUUCUGGUUACAGUUGAUUAUAAACGUAUUAGUGAUGAAUAACCGUCCAUUUGAUAUCAUUCAGAAACCGCCCCGCUAUUCUGUUGAUUGUCCAAGGCGAUAGGCGUAAAGAGGCGAAACAGUUCAUUUACUAAACUUCAGUCGUCAUUGUUUUUUUUCUUUUCACUUCUUCUAUGGAUGCUGUGUAGUACUCGAUGAAAACUUGUACUGUAUGUUGUGCUGCCCUAUUUGAAAAAUGGUUGACAAAAUGCAGGCCGUUUCAAGCCCCUUUUGUUCCUAAGUGUCAUGUGACUUCAUGUACAAGUAAAAGGUGAUGCCUCUGAAUAAUGUUCUGCACAAACUGUACAGCUAUGUUGUGCAGCUGUUGUAUUGUUAUGGUAAGGCCUGCUCUCUGUGAUACUCGCCCAUGUAGAACCUUAACAAAUGCAAACAAAAAAAAGAAAAGAGAAAAAAGAAAUGCUGGACCCCUUGGUCUCUGUGUGUUGCGAGCUACUGUGCUGUACUCUAGAAUAACCUGUUAGACUCAAAAGGCAUGUUGUAAAUGUGCUUUUUAUUAGCCAAUGUAGAAUCAAACUACCUUGUGCACUUCCUCAAUAACCAUUGAAAAUGCCAGCAUGUGGAGUUUUACCUUGUAGGAAUACAUGUAGAUCAUUGCCACUAGCACACGUCAGUACAUUCACCCCACCAGAGGCUGUGUUAGCGAGAGAUACACCGUGUGAUCCCUUUGAUGUAAAAAAAAAACAUCCAAUAACAAAAUCCAACAUUUGGCCAGAUGCUGGAAGGGUUCUGAAUCAGUGGUGUGAUUCAGGAUUGAACCAGUGUUUGACAAAGCUUGGGGUUGUGUGAUGAGGAGAGUGAUACCAUCUCUUUCAAACAAGCCACUCUGACUGAGCCCACCAAAAUAGAUUGUUAGAAGACAGUGUUUGGUUCUCAGGUGAGCGGAGAGAGCGCCGCUACUCAGCAGAGCAGAGUGCAGCCAUGAGGGUCAGCUCGUCGGCUCAGGCCAGAGGCACUACAGCGGCGUAGGCAGCGAGUGUGUGAGAUGAGAUGAGUGUGGGAGUGGAGAUUGAUUCAGCGGGCCGCUCCAUCUCCCUCGCUGAGGUUAGGGAGGAGGCGUUUAGUGCAUAAAUAUGUAUCUGUCACUCGAAGGAAUGUCAAAGCUUUUCAUGACUUUUAUACCCUGCCCUCCCUCGCUUCUACUCUAACCUUUCCACGGGGUGGAUGUGUUAUUUUAUGCAUUUGAUUAACCAAGUAGCUUAUUCUUCAUGUCUUGAGAUUCAUAACCAUACUACAUUUGGGUAUUAAGACUGAAUAUUUUCCUAACUUAUUUGAUAUGGCAUGACCCCUUCUAAAUGACUUGAUCGGUUAUCUAAUGAGGUAUGCCAGUAGUACUACAUGAAACGCAGAACCUUUCCUCAAAUGGCCCUUAAGGAGGGUAAACGUUAUCGAUGGUUAUAUUUUGCGCCCACGCACAAUUCUCUUUACUUAAAUGUACUGGGUAAUAGAAGAUAUUUUUUGUAACAAAGAAAAGUAUGAACCAAAACCGGUUAGUCUUGUUUCCCAAGACUCCCCUUAAGCGGGAAUAAAACUCAAGACAGCAUCCGGGAAAACAAGCCUGACCAAAAUACCGUUCGAUCUUUAGAGAAAGGAGCCCCCUUCUGCUCUAAUCUGGUUUCAGAUUAGUUUUAAUUUAGAACACAAACUAGACACAAGCAGAAUAACCACGCGCACGGAACAGAGAAACUAAAAAUCCACAAACACUGAGCAGGCAGAAAGGUCCGUUUAAGUGGCCCUUUUCAUCAAGCUGAAGUCAACCAAAAGCCCCCCAUGUACCAACACCCCACCCAUAGAUCACCUGUGUUCGUUGAUCUGUGUGUUCUGAUCAUGUGUGCCUUUCUCACAUCAUUCAUUUCAAGAAAAUAUAUGUUUACACAGACCUGUUUCCAGUCCCACUUACAAAUAUUCAAUUGGGAUCUGAAUCUCUUUAUCAGUUAUUUCGGUGAAGGUCAGGUUACUGUUUAACAAGAAACAAAAACGAACAAACAAACACAAAUGUGUCUUUCACUGUAUGUGCAGGUGGUGGGUAUGGAUAUCGCCAUGGUGACACAACUGUUCAUUUACAGAGGCAUACAAAACAUGUGAGGUGAAGAAACUGUGAUCUGAUGCUGUCAAUUCAGGUAUUAAAGCUGCAUGGACAGUUUCUGUAAAAGCAGUACAUUGUCAUCCUAGAUAAUGCAUCAGUAGUGCAGGGCAUUAUUUUGAAACAACUGAAAGUCUCUGUACAUAUUUGUAUUAAGAAGAAACAGUGUUAUUGUUGUUGUAAUGAAGACGAGUGGAAAAUGUAAAACUAAAAUACUAAAUAGAGUUUGUGACUUACAGUGAAACUUCCCCAGCCAAGGCUUGCCCUGCUACCACAUUUUUACAGAGAUGAGAUAUUUUUACUGGGUGCUUUUCUAGGCAUUGAUAUUGAUAUCUUUUUGAAUAAUUAACAAAACUUCCAACAUUACAAGCACUUCCACAAAGAUAGAUUGUAUGGUGAUUUUUGUUACUUUUGUAGAAAGCCAUUCCUUUGCUAAUGCACCAUUUUGUAAAGCGGGCAGGUCUUGGCUGCGAUCCUUUUGGUUCCUUGUUUUGUCGAUCUCUUUGGGAAAUAAACCGCUGUAGAUUGGCCAAUUUUGUGACUGUGUGUUUGUAUACUUGUGUACAUGUUCCCCUGUUCAUGUGUCAGUGUUAUAAACCAGAGAAGUGAUGUCAGUUCUUGUGGAGGUAUGAACCCUUUUAAAUGUUCUCUAUGAAAAAAAUAAACGAAUAAAGAAUUGUGACUCUCA